UGUAGUGCUACAUAAUCAGACGUGCAGAUUGGGUGGAUAAAAAGGUAUUAGUGGGCGUCUUCUACUUGUAUUUUCUCAAAACUGCCCCUCCCCUUGCAGCGAAGCGAACAGAAUCCGACACUCGGCAACAGCGUCCCUCAUCCAUUGAAGACCCUUCCCAAAAGACAUCUUCUCUCACUGCUAGUUCUGCUCUUAACCUCCCCUUCUACACACUCUCGUACUCCUUUGUCCUUUCGCAUUUCUCUUUCAGCUAGCCAGUUGAUCUUUCCUCGUGCGUCUAAGAUUAGACAGUAGAGUAACACCCUUAGACCAACAUCUCCUCGAAACCUCUCAAUCCUCCCUCUACCCUCUACCCUCUACCCUCUACCCUUUGUCAAGAUGCCUGCCACCAACGGACUCAGCGGCGAUGCCUUCCGCAUUCACAAUGAGGGCGCUUUCCUUUUCACCUCCGAAUCCGUCGGUGAGGGUCACCCUGAUAAGAUUGCCGACCAGGUCUCCGAUUCCAUUCUCGAUGCCUGCCUUGCUGAGGACCCCCUCUCCAAGGUCGCUUGCGAGACUGCCACCAAGACUGGUAUGAUCAUGGUUUUCGGUGAGAUCACCACCAAGGCCAAGCUCGACUACCAAAAGGUCGUGCGUAACGCUAUCAAGGACAUUGGCUACGACUCUUCCGACAAGGGCUUCGACUACAAGACCUGCAACCUGCUCGUCGCCAUCGAGCAGCAAUCCCCCGAUAUCGCACAGGGUCUUCACUACGAGCAGGCUCUCGAGCAGCUCGGUGCUGGUGACCAGGGUCUCAUGUUCGGUUAUGCUACCGAUGAGACCCCCGAGAUGCACCCCCUCAGCCACUUGUUGGCCCACAAGCUCAACAAGGCCAUGUCAGAUGCUCGCCGGGACGGUUCCCUGCCCUGGUUGCGCCCUGACACCAAGACCCAGGUCACCAUGGAGUACAAGAACGAUGGCGGUGCCGUUGUCCCCCUCCGUGUCCACACCAUUGUUGUUUCUGCUCAGCACAGCGAGGACAUCACCACAGAGCAGCUCCGCAAGGAGAUCACCGAGAAGAUCUGCAAGAAGGUCAUCCCCGCACAAUACCUCGACAACGAGACCGUCUACCACAUCCAACCUUCUGGCCUUUUCAUUAUUGGUGGCCCCCAGGGUGAUGCCGGUCUGACCGGCCGUAAGAUCAUCGUCGACACCUACGGUGGCUGGGGUGCCCACGGUGGUGGUGCUUUCUCCGGAAAGGACUUCUCCAAGGUCGACCGAUCUGCUGCUUACCUUGCUCGAUGGAUCGCCAAGUCCCUCGUUCACGCCAAACUUGCCCGCCGUGUCCUGGUUCAGCUGUCCUACGCCAUUGGUAUUGCUGAGCCUUGCUCCGUUCACGUCGACAGCUACGGCACCUCUGACAAGAGUGCUCAGGAGCUCGUCGAGAUCGUCCGUGCUAACUUCGACAUGAGACCUGGUGUCAUUGUCAAGCAGCUCGACCUUGCCAAGCCCAUCUACUACCAGACUGCCAAGUUUGGUCACUUUGGUACCAACCAGGAGUUCAGCUGGGAGAAGCCCAAGGAGCUGAAGUUCUAGAUUUUUGAUGUUGUAGUAUAAUAUUUGUCCGUUCCGGUGAUGGGAAUUGGAAUAUAUCCGCGCAGGAGAAUCAACUUCUUCAGCAUAGAAUGGCGUUAUUUUUGGGUUUUAGAUAUGUUCAUGAUUCCCUCAUCGGGCCAUACAGGCAAAGCAUGGCGUACGGUAUUCAACAAAACCGUCUCGGCAAGGCAGGAAAAGCCUUGGGAAGACAGUCGGUUCGUUUGCUACUGGGCCUCCAAUUUGGAGGCCGGAUAUAAACAUGAAUGAAAUGAUAUCGAAUUCGUUGUGGUAUAAUCAAGCCACAACCGAUCACCUCAACAAAA